CUGGAGGUUGUCCCGUCGCAGGCUCCGGCUUUCUUCAGAAGGAGAGGCGGGGUUAGGCCUCCGGAGUGGCUUUCUCUCUCGUGUCUGGGGCCUGAGCGGGAAGUCAUCUUGCUGCGACUCCCGGGCUGCCCCGGUUGAAGGGCGCCGUAAUUAUGGCAAUGACGGGUCCAGCACCUUGUUCAUCUAUGAGUAACCAUACUAAGGAGCGAGUUACAAUGACAAAAGUGACAUUAGAAAACUUCUACAGUAAUCUGAUUGCACAGCAUGAAGAAAGAGAAAUGAGACAAAAGAAGCUAGAAAAAGUGAUGGAAGAGGAAGGCUUAAAAGAUGAUGAGAAAAGAAUAAGAAGAUCAGCACAUGCUCGAAAGGAAACAGAGUUUCUGCGACUGAAAAGAACAAGGCUUGGGUUAGAAGAUUUUGAGUCUUUAAAAGUAAUAGGCAGAGGAGCAUUUGGAGAGGUGCGGCUUGUUCAGAAGAAAGACACAGGGCAUGUGUAUGCAAUGAAAAUCCUACGUAAAGCUGACAUGCUAGAAAAAGAGCAGGUUGGCCAUAUUCGAGCAGAACGUGACAUUCUAGUGGAGGCAGAUAGUUUGUGGGUUGUAAAAAUGUUUUAUAGCUUUCAAGAUAAGCUAAACCUCUACCUUAUCAUGGAGUUUCUGCCUGGAGGUGAUAUGAUGACAUUAUUAAUGAAAAAAGAUACUCUAACGGAAGAAGAGACUCAAUUUUACAUAGCAGAGACUGUAUUAGCUAUAGAUUCAAUUCAUCAGCUGGGUUUUAUUCAUCGUGAUAUCAAGCCAGAUAAUCUUCUGUUGGACAGUAAAGGCCAUGUGAAGCUGUCAGACUUUGGUCUUUGCACAGGAUUGAAGAAAGCACAUAGAACAGAAUUCUAUAGAAAUUUGAGCUAUAAUCUUCCUAGUGACUUCACUUUUCAGAAUAUGAACUCCAAAAGAAAAGCAGAAACUUGGAAAAGAAACAGGAGACAACUGGCUUUCUCUACCGUGGGAACUCCAGAUUAUAUUGCUCCAGAGGUCUUCAUGCAGACAGGAUAUAAUAAGCUUUGUGACUGGUGGUCACUUGGAGUCAUAAUGUAUGAGAUGCUAAUUGGUUACCCUCCUUUCUGUUCAGAGACCCCUCAAGAAACAUACAAGAAAGUAAUGAAUUGGAAAGAGACUUUAAUAUUCCCCCCAGAAGUUCCUAUUUCUGAGAGAGCCAAAGAUCUCAUUCUAAGAUUUUGCUGUGAAUGGGAACAUCGAAUUGGUGCCCCAGGUGUUGAAGAAAUUAAAACAAAUCCCUUUUUUGAAGGAGUUGACUGGGAGCAUAUCAGAGAGAGACCUGCAGCAAUUUCCAUAGAAAUCAAAAGUAUUGAUGACACAUCAAACUUUGAUGAAUUUCCAGAAUCUGAUAUCCUUAAAUCUACAGCGACCACAGGUAACCAUCCAGAAACGGACUACAAGAAUAAAGACUGGGUCUUUAUCAAUUAUACCUACAAACGUUUUGAAGGCCUGACUGCUCGAGGGGCAAUACCAUCCUACAUGAAAUCGGGAAAAUAACAACUCUUCGCUACACAGUUUACUUUUGUCUCAAAACCUUUACCCAAAGGCUGUGAAUGUUUGAAGAGUGCAAAAUGACAUCUUAUGCUCUGUUUACAUUACAAUAGAUGGAACGCACUAUUCGCACCACAAAUCGCACUUACGGUCUGCAUUUGCAGAUUUUAUUCAUUUCUUUGGGCUUUAGCUAAAUUUUUUAGGACUGUUACUUCAUCAACAGAAAGAAAAGAGCAGGCUUUUAAUUACGGAUGUGACAGGUGUUCCGUCUUACAAGCGCUGUCUGAAAAGGGCUAAGGCAUUACAGAAGAGGCAGAGCAGCAACUACUAUGGUGAGAGAGGUGAUUCUCAGUAGUUUAUCCCGUAGGAUGGCAGAACCCCUUUUGCCUUAAAUACAAGGCUAUUCAAGUUUUUUUGAUAGCAUCUUUUCAAUCCAAUAAUAGCCUCAAAACCUGCAGCACUUUACUGUUGGUACUAAAAUAGUCAUCUGGAAGUAUUAUGCCUUUUAAUAAAUUUCAGAUAUGUGUAACAUUAUGUAUUCUAUAAGCAAUGUUAUGAGCAGCGGGGGUGCUUUCUGGUAAAACCUGUUUAACAUUUUUUUCUAUUUGGUAAAAAGCAGAUCACUAGUAAUAAUAUUAGUACUUUGUAGCUAAUACCAUAAAGAAGUAGGAAACAAAAUGUCAUCCUUCCCUCCCCACUUUCAGAUUUUUUACUUAUAAAAGCCAAGAAACUGUUACAGGAAGAGAACGAUCCUAAGAUUUCAACAUGGGGUAAUUUGGAAUUUCAUCCUAAGAAUGUUUGGUACCACCUGGACAUUACUGUAGAGAGCUUCUAUAGUAAUGGGAAUUAUAUGAAGUAGUAUUAAGUUUCUGUGUGGUUGUAGUAGUUCCAUACACUGGACUCUGACACUAUUAUAAUGACAUUCGGAUUAUCCAGGUGAAUCCCUACUCUCUACAUAAUGCACCAUUUACCAUUCUCAUUUAUUGAUCUGUGCCUGUAAUUUAACUUUUAGGUGUGCAGGAUGAUUUAUUCUCAAUCACAGGGCACAAUAGUUGUAAAGAAAGAAACUUAUACCUAAUACAUUUGGAAACAAACAAAGGAAAGUCAGAGGAUUGCCCUGAAAAUUACAUCCUAGGAUAUUUUUAAGUACAUUAAGAUUUUUAUCAGAUAAUUGAAUAAAACUAUGAAGCUUUACUUUAAGAUAUUCUGGCACUUUUCUUAUACAUAAAUAGGCAAAGAGCACCUAAAGUACUUUGCUCUUAGAUCAAAUAUGGGAAGGAUAUUUCAGUUCCAGUUUAGGAGGAUUAUUCAAAAGCAGUUGUUGAUUUUGAAAGCUCUAAAGCAGCUUGCAAUAAUAUCACAAUGAGUGAUGCUUCAACCAUUCUCAUUGACCAUAAAUUAUUUCAUUCUGUUUCAUCUGUUCUUACCCACUGGACUUUUAAAAAAUAAAUUAACUUUUUUUUAGUGUAGCGACAUACAUGCCACAGUCACAGACGUGUUCUGUGAGAGUGCCCCAUGUCCCUUUCCACCAGAUAAAGCAGUAACACAUUCUUUUUCCCCAUCCUUAUUUCAAUGCCACGAGUUUCACCUUCUGUCUCCUAGAGUCUGAGAAACCCUGCUACUCCCAAGUAGCUUUCUAGAUGUGAACCUACACAGAAGCUUCAGUGAGGAAGCAGCAAAUGAAAUAUUUGCAUUUAACUUAGAGAAGCUAAAGGGAAGUAAGACUUGCUUCUGCUUUUAUGUAUCCUAUGUGCCUAGUUCUACAAUUACUGUUUGGACGUGUCUCAUCCAUAGUGAGGCUAGGAUUUUGCUUACUUGCUAGAUAAUGAUGGAUUUGAAGUUAAAUUCUGGUGCUUGCUAAAUAUUGAAAACAUGUAGCAUAUAUAAUUGGUGCUUAAUAAGCCUUAAGUAAAAAAAGGUGUAGAAAACCCUCAGGGUAACCAGAUAGCCUAGAGAGUUGACCAGCCAAUAACUUUUCAAAGGGAAGAACAUUUUGUUACAUUCUGUCUUCAUUACAGUAAUGUAUUUCUUUUGCAUUAUGACUAUAUAGCACAUAGUUUUUGUGCCACAGUAUGAUAGAUUAUGAAUGCAAGGAUAGUAUGUAUGUGGGUAAAUUGAAUUACAGUACAAGGCGUAACUCUGCUUGUCUUUUGUAAUUAGGAAAUACCCAGAAGGAUUGCUUUUUUGUUUUAGUGAAGUUGAAUAAAGCAUAUUGCUAUAAGCAAAAGUCUAAUCUUGAGUUCUGCGAUCUGGCAGUGGCCAAGAUCACAAUAGACUAUCCAGAUAUUGUCUAGUGUGCUUGUUAUCCACUAUUACUGUGGCUGAAUUCAGGACACACAAAAACAAGGAUAGGGUACCAACAAGCUUAUGAAAAUUAAAUCUAUUUCAUUCCUUUAAAAAAAAAACUGCCAUUUUCCCUCUUGCAUAGAAGUAUUAUAAUUUGUAUUCCAAUGAUUUUUUUUUGAAUACUAAAGCAAGGGUUUUCACCAAAUGGAUCAUAUAUUUAAAUGCGUAAUGUUGGCUCCUUCUUACCCACAAUUAAGAGAGUGGCCCACAUGAACCUGAUUCCUUAUUCCUUCCCAUCUUAACCAUAGCUGUGUUGGUAUUGAUCUCAAAGUGAACUAAAGGUCCCAGUUAACUAAAAUUUAAAAAUAUUAAGUUCUAGCUUAACAGGAAGACUGUUAAGCCUUAAUUACCAUUAAUGUCCAUGUCAUUGUGAACUCAUAAACAUAAUUCAGCUGCAUCGAAGCACAUAAUCCAUAUAGGCUGCCACUUUCAUAUUGCUGGCUCUUGACAUCUUGCACAAGCUCAUAGUACUUUUUUGAAAGUCACUUUUCUAGGAUGACACUUCGUUUGAAAGCAGUUUUAGACCUAAUUGGCCAAGCAAUUACAUCAUACUACUCAAUGCAAGUUGCUGUAUUUUGCUGUGCUGAUUUACUAUGUAAUACUUAUGUAUCUCCCAACAUAUCCCCAGAGCUGCAAAAGUUUUGGAUUUUGGCAUGCUGGGGUAUGGGAGAAAAGAAAAACCCUGGCAAAGAUAAAUAGAAGCAACACUGCUGGUUGUGUGUGAUUCCUAGCAGGUCAUACUACAGUUAGGUACUGACUAACCACUGUGCCUGGGUUCUGCCUUAUUUUGGUAGAUGACAGUUAUUUUGUAUCUGCAUAUGGCUGUUUCUAAAUGCAAUGUACAAUUUAGUAUACUUUGUAUGUAAUUUGUUGGUUUUAUUUGGAGACCAAUUCUAUAUGGAACAAUCUUUGCAUUCUGAAAUGUUUAAAAUUCAUUUUCAAUAAAUGUAGUUUUGCUA